CUUCAAAAUCCAUAAUCACGCCUUUUUGUAUUCUGUUAUCUCCUUCAUUUUUGCCUCUUUCAAUUCUUAUUCCACUUCUUCAGUUCCUAAUCUCUCUUCAUUUUGUCUUUCAGCCUCUUCAUUUCCCUAAAUUCUUCUUCAGUCCAAACUUGUCUCUCUCAACUACAUUUAUAGCUGUCUUCUUUAAUUUUCUUCUUUCGCUCUGAACAAACAAUGGCGGAUGAUGCAGGUUCCGGCUCCAGCUUUACGGACCAAGCACAAAAUCAGCGAACAGCUCAAAAACUUACUCCUUUUUCAAAAGUGUGGAGCGAUGAAGAUGAAGUCUCACUACUUAAAGGUAUUAUCAAGUUCCGUAAAGAAAAAGGACUUGAUAUACAGACAAAUAUGUUGCUAUUUUAUAAUUACAUUAUAGAUUCUCUUAUGCUUCGAGCGACAUUAACUCAGUUAAGAGAAAAAGUUAGAGCUUUGAGGAUAAAACAUGAGAAAAAUGUUAGCGGUAAAAAGAGUCCAAAAACUCCACAUGAGGUGGAGUUGUUCCAGUUGUCUCAAAAAAUAUGGAUGGUUAAUGCCAAAGAAUCUGAACACCAAAAAGAGUAUGUAGGCGGGAAAUCGGAAACCCCAAACACAUCGGAACCCAGGCAGCCAAUAAAACAGAACUUACUGGAAAAUUGGAUGUCGGAGCAACACAUUCCAGAAAUUGAACAGCCAACACAGGAAAUAAUACCGAAAAUUGGGCUGGGUUCGCAGCAUCUGCUAGUACUGCUAAAGCGUAUAGCAGAAGAUGUAGAACUUGUAGCAAAUGCUAUGUCACGUUCUCAAAGGCAAGUUGAUGGAGAACGGUCCGAUCUUUAUUUUCAAAGCACAGAUUUACUUGUGAAGUUUGGGAGAGUGGUGAAGGAGAUCAAAGCGAAACCAGAAAUGAGACAUUCUUCUGAACUACUUGAACAAGAGAUCUUAAAAGCCUACUUGGAAGCGAAGAUAGAGCACGCACAAUUAGUUUCAAAUGCCUAUAAUACUUUCAUUCAGGUUGAUGUUGCUGUAGCUGCUCCGACCAAACCCAUGAAGAAAGGGAAGAGAGAAGCAGAGAAUGAAAUUGAGAAGUUAGUGAGUACAAAGAAGCAAAAGAAGCAUUUGGCUGUAGCACAAGCUGCUGAGAAAAAGCAAAGCGAUGCAAAGGCUCAGAAGAAGAAGAAGAAACAAGAAACCAGUUCCUGUGACGAUAGCUCUCAGCCAGAAGACGAGAAGAAGCUUACUGAAGCAGCGACACCUCCUAAGAAAGUGACUCCUGCCAAAAAUGAAAAAUUAGCCAGCAGUUCAGAUGAUUCAGAUUCUUAUGGCGAGGAUGAAGCUCCUUCUAAGAAGGCUGUUGCAACUUCAAGUAAGAAUGGUCUUGCUGCUAAGAAGAAUGAUGAUCCGAGUGAUGAUUCUAAUUCUGAGGAAGAUAGCAGUUCUGAAGCCAAGAAACCUCCUGCUAAUGGCUCUGCUGCAGCUUCUAAGAAAGACGAGUCAAGUGAUGAGUCUAGUUCUGAGGAUGAUAGCAGCAGCUCCGAGGAGGAGGAGGCGCCUGCUGCUGCCUCAAAAAAGGAAGAAUCUAGUGAUGAUGAUGAUGAUGAGCCUCCGUCUAAGGUAGUUUCUCAACCAACAAAAGCUCCUCAAGCUGUGAAAAAGAAUAGUGACAGCUCUGAAGAAACCGACUCUGAUGAAGAUGAUUCUGAUUCGGACAAGGGAAAGGCUGCUGCUGUAUGUAAAAAGGAGGUUCCUUCAUCUGCAGACAGUGAUGAUGAGAGCGAGGAUGAUACUUCUGGAGAAAGUGAUGAAGAACAGCGUCGAAAGAAAAAGAUCAAGCCCUCUAGCACUCCAACUGUCUCAAAUUCUCGAAAGGAGAGUAGUUUUGAGGAAGAUGUACCUGCAGCCAAGAUACCUCCUGCUAAUGGCUCUGCUGCAGCUUCUAAGAAAAACGAGUCAAGUGACGAGUCUAGUGCUGAGGACGAUAGCAGCUCUGAGGAGGAGGAGGAGGAGGAUGCUGUUAAUGAGGCUCCUACUGCUGCGACCUCUAAAAUGGAAGAAUCCAGCGACGAGUCUAGUUCAGAUGAUGAGCCCUCUAGCACUCCAGCUGUCUCAAAGAAGGAGAGUAGUUCUGAGGAAUCUUCUGAUGAAGUCGAGUCCUCUGAAGAAAAUGAGGAUGAAAAACCAUCGAGAACUCCCAAGAAGCAAAAGACCCCUAUUCCUCCUAAAGCUCAAACUCCGGGAUCAAAAACAUUGUUUGUUGGAAAUCUACCCAACUCGGUUGAGGAUGGUUCUUUUCAGGGCUCAUGUUGAAUUUGUCACUGCACAGAAGGAUCUUGGUGAUGCAGCGUGAUUGCUAUUAAUGGCUGAAGCUUCAGGAUAUGACAAACUAACGUUGUUUUUUGUGUUCUUGAAAGCAUUAACAACUACUAGCUUUUUUGGAUGUGGUGUCUAGUAGCAUACUAUAUCUGUUUAUAUUUUUACAAACUGUUAUUUUUAUGACUCUAAGAUUGGCUCUUGGAUGCUUGUUUUUGUAGCUGACAAGACAUGGGUUUCAUACUGAACUUUACAGGCCUAUGUUAUCUUAUAUAUGAAAGCUUGUUCUAACUGAAG